CGGAAAAAAACAGCGAAACUCUCCUGUCAGUUUGGAAAAUUUUGUUUUAUGUGCGGUGUGUUUGGGAGUGUGAAAAAUCAGUGAAAAUCACAAGCAGUUCGUGUUUUCCAACUGAAUAGGCGGUUGGAACAUCCAGGAGAUAUCAUUAAAAAGUGAGGAAUGGUGAAACGAGGAAAACCUUUGAGGAAACUUCAAAUGGCCGCCCUGCAAAACGCGGUGGAGAAACUCAGCUUGAACGAGAACACGCCAACUGCCCAUUCAGAGGAUCAAAUAUCAACUUUUCCGCAACGUCGCAAGAAUAAGCCCUUUCCCAGGAAUCUGCAGCCGACUACGCCAACGGAGAACAUGGCUAUUGAAGAGGCACUCAAGAAUCAGGAGAUAUCGGUCAUGCCGAUGAAGACGCCAGUGUCAAUUCUGCAAGAGCUACUGAGUCGUCGAGGUAUUACACCGACUUAUGAGCUGGUGCAGAUCGAGGGGGCCAUCCACGAGCCCACAUUUCGCUAUCGGGUCUCUUUCAAUGAUAAGGAUGCGAUGGGUGCUGGACGCUCGAAGAAGGAGGCCAAGCACGCUGCCGCCAAGGCUCUCAUCGACAAGCUCACUGGGCACCUGGCCAUUGGUGGGGAGCAGAUGGAAGCUGCUCUCGAGACUAUGCUAGGCCCCAGCGGCUAUGACGAUAAGGUCAUGGGUAAUCCGAUUGGGUGGCUUCAGGAGAUGUGCAUGGCUCGUCGUUGGCCACCCCCAACGUAUGAGACAGAGAUGGAAGUGGGACUACCACAUGAACGUCAGUUUACGAUUGCUUGCACUGUGCUCAAGUAUCGGGAAGUGGGUCAGGGAAAGAGCAAAAAGAUUGCAAAACGCAUUGCAGCUCAUAAGAUGUACACCAGGCUCCAGGACAGCCCCCCAGACUCCAGUCAGGUUAAUCAGAUCAUCGAUGAGGAAGCCAAUGAAGAGAUCAAUCAGAAACUCAAUCGCUAUGCUGACUUGAAAGAUGCCCAUAUUCCGACGCUAACAAACCAACAUAGCUUCAAAGUGGCCCAAUUUCAUAAGAGUCUCAAGGCUCUUUUUGGGAAGGCAUUGACCAAAUUACAGGCUGCCAAACUUUCAUCUCCGGACUUAAAUUGUGUUCAAUUGUUGCAAGAAAUUGCUUCUGAGCAUCAAUUUGAUGUGACUUAUGUGGAGAUCGAGGAGAAAACUUAUUCGGAUUGCUAUCAGUGUUUGGUACAAUUGUCCACUUUGCCGGUGGCUGUUUGCCAAGGUGCAGGAGAAACAAGGGCCGAUGCUAAGACUUCUGCUGCUCGCAAUGCUCUUGAAUAUCUCAAGAUAAUGACAACCAAGUAAAGAGCCACAAUGAUUAUGCUCUGGAGGAAUUUUUAUUUCGAUGUGUCCAGGAGUGACGGAAGGAUGGAUGAUUGUCAAAGUAAGUGGCUCAUAAAAUAUUUUUUUUUAACACAAUUUUUUUCUCCGUGAUUGAAAAGGGAGAGACUAAAGAUGAACAAAAAAAAAACAAUGCACUACAAAAUGAAAAAAACAAAGUCUUAAGAUUACUCUGUGCACAAGUACCACAAAAAGUGAAAAUUUCUCACAUAAUUUUUGAUUAUUUUUAUCUUUUUGCAUGAUUUAUACUUCUUUGACUUUGUUUCCUCUUUAACAAAUCUCAUAGAUUAUUAAAUAGUAAAUGUUCCUGUGUGAACGUUAUAGGAAGAGAAAACCCGAAAAAAAAUGAAAGAUUUGUUUGUUUUUUGCGUGUAAAUUGCAAACAAGAAAAUUAAUUUAUACAGUCUCUAUUAAUUUUCAUGUCAUAUUAUACAUGUUAAUAUUGUACACAGAAGUGCUAGGGUGUGGAGAAAAGAAUAAAAAUUUUCAUAGCAAAAGAAAAGUAAGGAAAAAGUCAUCCUCACCAUAGACUUUCUGUUAAUAUGUAUAGAACAAAAAAAAAGUGAAAAUACAAGUAAAUAAAUUAUAAUUACCCUCCCAAAAAACAAAACAAAGAACAAGAAGAAAUUUUCUGAGAAAUCAAUAAAAAGUCUUUAGUAGUGUAUCCUUUGCAAAUGAGAGAAGUUAUUACCAAAAGAAAAAAAAAAGAAAACAAUGGAGAAAUAUUUCCAACAAAAGAAAAGGUGUUAAAAAGAAAAUCACUAUAAAUUUCUGCUUUUUAAAUGGAAAUACAUGAGAAACUCUCGCUACAUAAAUAACUUUAAAUAUUAUACUAAUCGAGCAUUAAAAUAAUUAACACAAAAAAAUUAAAAAAAAAACUAAGUAUUUUAUAUUCACAAAAAAAAAGAAAAA